AUGAAUCUGGGUAUAGGAAGAGUGAAUCUCUACGCUCUUUUCUCUUUCGUCUUCUUAGCCUCCCUCAUUGGCAGGUCCAACGCGUCACUAGGAGACCAUCUCCCCGAAUUCAAAGAAUGUGUCCAGGUACAACUCCGCGACAACAGACCCUUGGAAACAACUAACAACCAUAGGUCUGUAAAACGGAAAAUUGUCAGAACGGUAAUUCAGUGCUACGUAUGUUAA